AUGGCUGAAUACGGAGACAAACAAGCGUUGACAAGUGAAAAGGCGAACGGUGACUCACAAUUAAGUGACGAAUGCGAAACAGUUGUCGAAGAGGCGAGCACAUCGUCGGAUAGCAAUCACAAUAAGAAAAACGAUAGUGGUUGGAAUAAAGUUCACACUCACAUACAGCAAUUAUCCAAUACAAUCAUCAAGAGUAUUCCAUCGAAAUUGCAUUCAAGGAUAUCUUCAGAAGAAGACUACUCGAACGACAACUCGACCAGUUCAGGGUUCAGUAGUGCUCAGCACUCACCUGAAGAACCGUCUAAUUUGACUGCAUAUGAGAACUUCUUAAUCGUUGACGAUAAUUUCGAUGAUGAAAUUCGUGCUUCUCCAUCACUACUAGAACGUCGUCGUACAAGUUAUGAGAGGAGUGUGCCGAAUCGAUGUAUCGGUGUUUUGAAGUUGAACGAGGAGACUGCUCCAGAUACUCGACAACAACCAAAUAUAUCAACAGAUUCACAUUCUGCUGUAGAUAAUAAUUCAGAUCGAGCGCAAUCGAAUACGAAUUCAUCGCGCGCAUCGUGUUCAUUCUGGGACAGAAUGCGAGUUAUCACGAAUGCUAUCACACUCCGCCAGCCACCAUUUCAACCGUUCACGCCGUCACCAUCUGGCUCGCUUCUACCAAAUCAAUCACCUCCAAACGCCACGUCGAUUGUUGCGCUCAGGAAACAACAAAUUCAGAAUUUGAAGAAUCAAAGCAGGCAACGAAAACAGCAGCAACAGCAACAGGCAAGAAGUUACGACGAUUGGAAUGCGCAUCGGAAACGAACAAUAAAACGAUACGUGUACAUAAGCCAGGGUGCUUUGAUUAUCAUCAUUGCACUCGUGUGGUUGGCGUCCAAUUUUGUCGACUUACGGAAGUCUCCGAACUCGUUGCUGCAUCCGUUGUCGAACGAUUCGACGGCGGAUGCACACUCGAAUAUUAGUGUGACUAAUGUCACUGCGAGUAAUAACUAUCAACAACUACAUCCACAACUCAGUAUGAGUAUUCACAAAUCUGAUUCAGGCAAUACCAAAUUAACACAGCACAAAUUAACGAAUACAGAUUAUUUGUACAGUGGUCAUAAGAAAAAAGCAGCACAAAACGGUAAAACAUUAGAGCUGGCCAAUACUAGAGAUGACCACAGUGAUAAGCAUAAAAUUCGUAAACGAUGGAAGAAUUUCCUCAGAUCUCAGCGUUCAUUAUGA